CAAUCAACUUGGACCACUUCUCAUGUCUUCACGUUGUUUCACAUCGUCCCUAGUACUGUGGUCCACACUGAUACAGACUUUUAAAAUAUCAGGUCAGUGAGCAAUCACUGGUCCCGCGAGUGAACGCGUGGAUAAUCGGGGUGGUGACCUAAAAAAAAUCAGUCACAUGAUUACGUGACCCUUUAAAGGAUCAUUCGGAUCGUUCAGACUAGUGCCAGUAGGUGUAACCUUUAUCUCCAUGUCUGAAACACAAGCACUGGAUUGUUUCUUUGUCACAUCUGUCCAGGAACUUUCAAUCGAGGAGCCAUCCGAGUCACGGCAGAAACUUUCUCUCAGCGACCCAUUCCUCUACUCUGAAGAAUGUAAUGGUAUGAACAGCUCGAGUACAUCAUACGAAAGUGGUGUUUCUGAAGGGGAAUGUGAACCACUCCUUAUGCCUUCUCAACGGCGCUUUGUCCUUUUUCCCAUACAGUAUCAUGAAGUGAGCCUAUUUUCUACUUACGACAAUGGACUUGACCGACGGCGUAUAGAUCUGGAACAUGUACAAGAAAGCGGAGGCAUCUUUUGGACUGCCGAAGAAAUGGAUCUCUCAACAGACAUUGUGCACUGGAAUACCCGACUAACUGCAAAUGAACGCCACUUCAUCUCACAUAUUUUAGCUUUUUUUGCUGCAUCCGAUGGCAUAGUUAACGAGAAUCUGGUCGAGCGUUUUUCCAACGAAGUCCAAGUCCCAGAAGCUCGAUGCUUUUAUGGUUUCCAAAUCAUGAUCGAAAAUGUCCAUGCUGAGACCUAUUCGCUCCUUAUCGACACACUCAUCAAGGAUGUCAAUGAGCGCCAGUAUCUUUUUGAUGCCAUAGAGACCAUACCGGCCGUCAAGCGAAAGGCAGACUGGGCAUUACGAUGGAUAUCUGACAAGGAGGCGACAUUCGCUACUCGGCUAGUUGCCUUUGCUGCGGUUGAGGGUAUCUUCUUUUCCGGCUCGUUUGCAUCAAUAUUUUGGCUCAAAAAGCGUGGAUUAAUGCCGGGGCUCACUUUCUCCAAUGAACUCAUCAGUCGUGACGAGGGAAUGCACACCGACUUCGCUUGUCUUUUAUUUACCCAUCUCAAGCGAAGACCUCAACUGGAUGUUAUACAAAAAAUCAUCACAGAAAGUGUCCAUAUUGAACAAGAGUUCUUAGUAGAUGCUCUUCCAGUCGACCUCAUUGGCCUGAACGCAACCUUAAUGUGUCAGUAUAUUGAGUUUGUCGCCGACCGUCUUCUAGUAUCGUUGGGGAACGACAAGUUCUACAACUCCACCAAUCCCUUUGAUUUUAUGGAGAUGAUUUCCAUGCAGGGAAAGACAAAUUUCUUCGAGAGGCGCGUGUCUGACUAUGCGAAGGCACAUGUCAGACAAUCGGAUACUCCGACGUCUUCAAGGAUGUUUUCUGUUGACGAGGAUUUCUGAGCUUCCAUUCCCUUUCGUCAUCGCUCGUGCCGCGAUAUCAAUGAAUAAUAUAGACUCAUGCCCCAUUCAAUCACGUACCUAAUAUCCUAUUCUACAGCCACCAUAUGGCUGUCUGUGCUUGUAACCCCUACUUAGUCUGUACCAUUCCCCGUAGCUCACAGUUCACAUAUUUUUAUAUAUCGGAUUUUCAUUCGUCGA